GCGGGGGAAAAGCCUUCCUCCCACCGACCUGGCCGGCCAAUCAGGAGGGAGCCCCGCACCUCCCUCACUUCUGACAACUAUUUAGCAACUGAGCUCAGCUAAAGUUUCCAAAAAGUUAGAAUAACUUCCUCUCUCCAAGACCUCAAUUUUUUUACUCAACCUCGGUCCUUGAAAUAAGAGCCCUUCAAGCAACCUGGAAAACGUUUGGUCAGCAAAAAAAAAAAAAAAAAGGAAAAAAAAAGAAAAAAAGAGUCCUCCUGUUUUUCCAAAGGAUCUGUCUCAGGAAUUUAAAGCACAUUUAAGACACACACACACUCACAUAACAUAAGGAGGGGGGGAAAGGCUCUUCCCCUCCCCUUCUUGCAGAAAGCAUGGAAGAAAGCUCCAGUUCUCCUGUUUCCCCUGUGGAUAGCUUGGGGACCAGUGAAGAGGAGCUGGAAAGGCAGCCAAAGAGAUUUGGCAGGAAGAGAAGAUACAGUAAGAAGUCCAGCGAAGAUGGCAGCCCCAACCCAGGGAAGAGGGGGAAAAAGUCCAGUCCCAGCUCCCAAUCUUACGAAGAACUGCAGAGCCAGAGGAUCCUGGCCAACGUCAGAGAGAGGCAGAGGACUCAGUCACUCAACGAAGCUUUUGCCGCCCUGAGGAAAAUCAUCCCCACGCUGCCCUCUGACAAACUGAGUAAAAUCCAGACGCUCAAGCUGGCGGCGCGGUACAUAGACUUCCUCUACCAGGUGCUACAGAGCGACGAGAUGGACAGUAAGAUGACGAGCUGCAGUUACGUGGCUCACGAGAGGCUCAGUUAUGCCUUCUCCGUGUGGAGGAUGGAGGGAGCGUGGUCCAUGUCGGCCUCCCACUAGCCACCGCCCGGGCCGGGCCAGCCCAAGAGACUGUCCAGUGUCUGCGAAUGAAGUGGAAUUGGGAUUUAUCCAAGUUUGUAGCUUCUGAAACCUUAAAAACCUCAAGAAAACUGGUCCAAAAGACCCCUCUUGACCUCCCUCGCUCUGAACUCUUGCAGAGCAUUUCAGACUGAGUAGCAAAACAGCGCCGAAGAGAAGGUGCUGAGGCUUUGCAACAUCUCUCCCCAGAACGACUGACCAAAGAGAGAAGGAGAAGCAACAUUCCUGGUUGUUCAUUGUUGUUGGGGUUUUGUGUCUGUCUGUCUGUCCAUGCGUUUGGUGUUUAAUCACUAAUUUUUCUGUUUUUUUUUUUUUUUUUUUUUUUUUUUUUUUUUUUUUUUCUGGAAACAAUCUUAAUUCAGGAACGCAUUUAUGAGGCAUCUUUGGGUUCGAGUUUUACUUCCCCUUAACUGUAACCUGAUUUCUUGUACAGUCAUGGCAAAACUGGACCAAGGCUCUCAGCAAAAAGAGGAAAAGAAGGAAAAAAGCCCACUAUGCCCCCACCUCCCUGCAUGAAUUGUUUCAAGUACAGCCUGGAUUACAGACUGCCCUCCACACUCUGCCACCUCUCCCUUAUUGCUCCAUGAUUUGCUACCGCUCAUCCCCUUCCCCCUUUUUUGAUUCUUUUUUUUGUUUUGUUUUGUUUUCAUUUUCUGUUCCAGUGUAUAUGUUGCUUAUUUGUUUUAUUUAUUGAGAUAUUUUUAACGAGCUAAGAGACUGCAAUGUCGCUGUGUAUACUGCUUCUCUUGCCAGUAAAAAUAAAGAUGUCAUGCAGCUAC